AUGUUCCGAGAUAUGUACGCAACAGCACCAGAACUUGCUCCAACAGGGAGAAUUCUGGAAACGAUGACAGAAGAAUUGGUCGACCUAGAGCUGACCUCCACAUUGAAUAAAGAACUAGGCAUGAAAGACGUCUUCAUUCAUGGCGAUCUCUGGUCAGGUAAUCUGAUGUGGAAUGAAACAGAUAAGGGACUGAGAUUAAGCAGAAUAGUUGAUUACCAGGUGAGUCAAAUUACUUAUAAUAGAAUAUAGCA